AUGUCUCUUCGUCGCAGCAACACUCAAAUGUCCGAGCAGGCUACCAAAUUUGCCGAGCGAAUAGGCGAAGUAAUCCUGAAAACUGUUGAAUUAGCUAUUGCCAUGUCUCGUCUCCAGGAUGAAGCUACCCAAAAAUCACCACCAGAAGCAGAAGCCAAGCCUUCACCAAAAUCAAAGAAACGUAAAACUUCAAAGGAUCCCUCAGCCGUGGCCCCAAAUCAAGCAGAACCUAGCCGGGUGGCAGCACCACCAGCCAAGAAGUACACUAUGGAUUCAUCAGGCACUGGUGAGUCGGACACUACGGGCCCUAUGCCCGUCGUAUCAGACGACCUAGUAUCAUCAGAGCAUGAGAUACACACUUCAGAUGUUACCAGCACGGAUGAGGAUGAUUUCCAGCCCUUCGCGCUACCCGAUGCUGUCGACGAGCCCGCUAAUGGCCCUUUUGUCGGGGACUUACCGCUCGUGGAGAUCCCUGCUCCCAUACCUCUGGCCGCUUACCCUGUUCUCGAUAUACUUCUUGACGCCGACGCUGAUGACGACGUCGAUUUAUUUGAUGACGAGCCCCUGGAGGAUGAUGUUGAGGGCGAGGCCCUUAUAGCCGACGGCGAGGGCGAUCAUGCUGUUGCUGAUGCUCAGGCUGAUGCCCCUCUCAUCGCUGAUGUACCUGUUGACCCUCUUGUUGCACCCCUUCUUGACCCUGCGCCUGUGCAGUUUGAUCGUGCACUUUUUGAGGCACAUGCUGACCCACGAGAUGCGCACACCCUGAAUGGGUGGAUUGAUGCUGAUGAUGAGCUUCCACCUAUUCCCCCUCAUACCACCGAUGCACGUCACAUGGAUUUCCCUUUUUCGUUCGCUCAGUACACACCUCCAGCUCGACCUGGAGAGGGUUCCUCUACUCAUCCUUUCGGCCAUGUGCCGACAUCUGUCCCAGUUAUACCACAGUUUCCUUCUGCUAUUCCCCCUGUUCCACCAUUCUCUGUGCCACCUUUCGAUCCAGCCAGUGAGCCAUUUCUCUGGACGUCACCACCUGUUAUGCCACCAUCCGACCCCUACCAUCCUUUUCAUAUGGGGUAUUCUAUUGAGGACGUUCUUAUGUCGUUUGUUGUCCAGCAGGAGGCACUGACGCUACGCAUACAGGAGCUCGAGAGAGCUCAGCCACCGCCAUGCCAGUGUCAUGGUCAGACCCACCCUGCUUCUUCGCAGCCCCCUCGACCGUUGUUACCUGACUCUGCUGCACGCCUUUGGGUUUUAGGGUUUGCAGGACUGUUUUCGGUUGAUUGUUUGAAGGAUUUUGGCUGA